GACGACUACAUUUGGUUCCCUCCUUUGAAGUGAGCUAUGUUGAUUUAAGAUAUAUCACUAUAAAUCUAACAUAAAUGAAAGAGAAAGUUAAUAGGUUUUCAUAAUAACUCCAACACUGGCCCUUAAUUUUUGUUAUCAUAUGUUACAUCUCUUCUGCUCUCAUGUUCCUGGAAGUUAUUCAUAUUUGUCAAAUAUGAUCUGCAACUUAGCCUUAAAUGAAAAUUUAGUUUAAGUGGCUUUUUCAGGAGGACUAAGAGCAUUAGGUUUAAUUGGUUUAAGAGUCAAUCCUAUCAGCUGCUACAUCAAUAAAGAGUAGGUCAAAAUUAGGUGAAAUCAUGGCAAAUUUGCCUCAUGAAUUCUGGUUUGGAAGGAUGGUUCAAGCAAUCCCAACCACACUGAUACUGUGGAAUAAGCUUGUAUUUAGAAGAAAGAAAAGAUUAGAAAGAAAAUUGAAAGAAUAUGAUACAAGGUAGGUGUACCAUGUCUUUUGACUAGAAACAUAUUGAUAGACUAAAACAACUUUUUCCUUUAUAAAAAGGAAUAAAUCUUGAGAUUUUACAUAAUCUUAUAUUGACUUUUAUAAACACUGUUCUAUAUUCGACUUUGAAAUAAGCAUAACUUUUCUACAGGGGUUUUAUUACUAUAUUUCUUCAAAAAUGAUUAAAAAAUGUUUUAGAGUUUCUUUUGAAAAUUCAAGUGAGAAUUCUGAGAAUUGCAGCCUCGCAGUUAACUGAGAAUAUCUGCACUCACUAGUUUCUGCAACCAAUGCUAACCAUUCUUCCUUUCAGAUUAAGCAUUAUGGCUUUUCUCAACUCUUCUGAAGAUGUCAUUGAUUGUUCUGAAUUUGGAAAUGGAUCCUGUCCUGAGCAUCUCAGGCCAGCAAGCAUUCGGGGAGCCAUGUAUAUAACAAUAAGUGGAAUCAUCAUUGUCACCGUCCUUGGGAACUUGGCAAUCAUAAUCACAAUCUCUUAUUUCAGACAGCUGCACUCCCCAGCUAAUUUCCUCAUCCUCUCCAUGGCAGUGACUGACUUCCUGCUUGGCUUCUUCAUUAUGCCCUAUAGCAUGGUUAGAUCUGUGGAAAACUGCUGGUAUUUUGGGAUGACCUUCUGCAAAAUCCACUACAGUUUUGACCUGAUGCUCUGCUUGGCUUCUGUUUUCCACCUUUGCUGCAUUGCUGUUGAUCGUUUCUAUGCCAUUUGUUACCCUCUUCAUUACUCAUACAAAAUUACUAUCCCAGUGAUUAGGCAACUGAUUGUCUUUUGUUGGUCAGUGCCAGCUUCUUUUGCUUUUGGUGUGGUUUUCUCCGAAGUGUAUGCUUCUGGCAUCAAGAGUUAUGAGAUCUUAGUUGCAUGCUCCAGUUCUUGUCCAAUUAUUUUUAAUAAACCAUGGGGAACGAUUCUGUUCUUAUUUGGUUUGUUCAUUCCUGGCUCUGUGAUGAUCGGAAUUUAUGCAAAAAUAUUCACCGUGUCCAAAAAACAUUCAAGGCUCAUCAGAAGCAAGCCUGAAAAUUCAGGUGAUGAAAAACACAAGCGGACUUCCAGAAAUAAAGACAUUAAAGCUGCCAAAACCUUGAGCAUUGUGAUGGGAGUUUUCCUCUUUUGUUGGUGUCCCUGUUUUGUCACAAUUUUAAUUGAUCCUUUUAUGGAUUUUUCCACACCCGCUGUGUUGUUUGAUGCUUUAAAUUGGUUUGGCUACUUCAACUCCACUUGCAACCCAUUAAUAUAUGGUUUUUUUUACCCAUGGUUUCAGAAAGCACUCAGAUACAUUCUUUCAGGAAAGAUAUUUCAACCACAUUUUUAUACAGCUAAUCUGUUCCCUGAAAAUCAAUAAAAUAAUGUCUUUACCAAACCAAGGCU